AUGUCGACCGACAAAUCAGGACUGGUCCAUCAUCUUGGAUAUGCGGAUUCCUUGAACGUUGCCAUCAGCAUCUGCUUGACAUACACGCUAAUCUUCACAUGUGUUCGAAUACAUCUGCGGAGGAACAGUUUCGGUGCGGAUGAUGUUGUCGUGGUCAUUGCUACCCUGACUGCAUUGGCACAUUUUGCAGCGUCGUACACAUGUCUCACAGCUGGUCUGGGGAAGCCAUACGAUAUUAUCAAAGCGAACAUCGGCCAACUGAGCUCUAGAGCGAUUGCUAGCGCUGUGUCAUUCGUCCUCGCCCUAUAUGCUGCAAAAAUUGCCGCCUUGGUGUUCUUGAUGCGCAUACAAUCGAAGACGCAGAGGUCAUACUUGUACCCCAUCCUCAUCUCGAUCUAUACCAUCCUGGCUUUCGCAAGCACUCUCGUAGUCACAGCAGGAUGCCCAUCAGGAUCAGGCUACUACUGGGACUUUGCAGGCAACAAAGACUCCUGCCCUAGCAAAAACGGUAGAUGGCAAGCCGUGACAGUGCUAGAUGUCAUAUCCGAAAUCGUCUUGUUAGCAUUGCCGGUCAACCUUGUAUGGUCGUUGCAGAUGCCUCAGAAGCGUAAGGUCAUGGUUAUAGUGACCUUUUGGUCCCGUGUCCCCACAAUAGCCCUCUCCGUCAUCCGCCAAAUCUACACUGCAAAGCUCUCCACCUCGAACACCGAUAUCUCCCUCUCCAGCACUUUGGUCACCAUCCUCAUGGCUGUCGAAGUCACCUACGCAUUGAUAUCCUGCACCCUCACGACCUCGAGCAACUUCACCAGCGGCUUCAGCACAGGAUUUGGAAUGGGCCACAUGCCCGAGGUGGCGUAG